CAAGUCAGGCGUUAUCUGUGAGCUUGCAACACCUCCGCUCGACAUCUGGGGUUUCGCUCGGAACAACUGCGUUGUGAAGCGCAUCAUGUCGGUCGCGGCUGCAGCUCCGCGGCUUGCUGGCAAGGUCGCGGUCGUGACCGGUGGCGCGCGUGGCAUCGGGCUGGGCUGUGCCCGCAGCCUAUGCAAGGAGGGCGCGAAGGUGGUGUUGGCUGACGUUGACCUGGCGGCGGCGCAGCGCAGUGCCGGCGAGCUGGCGGCGGCGGGGCACGCGGCGGCGGCAGUCAAGUGCGACGUGCGGCUCAAGGCGGACUGCGAGGCGGCGGUGAAGGCGGCGGUGACGCAGUGGGGCAAGCUAGACAUAAUGGUGGCCAACGCGGGCAUCGUCAAGGCCGCGCCCUUCCUGGACAUGAGCGAGCAGGACUUUGACGACGUGGUGGCUGUGAAUCUGAAGGGCGUGUUCCUCACCUGCCAGGCUGCUGCUCGGCAGAUGGUGGCCCAGAAGGGCGCAGACCCGCAAUGGGGUGGCGGCGCCAUUGUGACCAUGUCGUCCGUCAAUGCGGUCAUGGCCAUCCCCUCCAUUGCGGGCUACAACGCCAGCAAGGGCGGCGUCAACGGCCUCACGCGCUGCAUGUCGCUGGCGCUGGCGCCGCACGGAAUCCGUGUCAACAGUGUGGGCCCGGGCUCCAUCGCCACGGACGUGCUGGCCAGUGUGGCGAGUGACGAGGCUGCGCGCAACCGCAUCCUGUCGCGCACACCCCUGGGCCGCAUUGGAGAGCCGGACGAGAUUGGCGAGGUGGUGGCGUUCCUGGCCUCUGACUCCUCCUCCUACAUGACUGGUCAGGUGCUGUACGUGGACGGCGGGCGGCUGGCUCUCAACUACACCGUGUGAUGGGCGUGCCGCGGUUUGCGUGUGUGUGCCCCGUUGUGUCGCCUAUGUUUGCGGGUGAGUAAUCAUGAUGGUGAGAGGGGGCUGUUGCGGUGUUGUGACUGUUAUCAGGUUGGGGAAGUGAGGUGGUGGGCCGCGGACGCAGUUGGGGAGCAAGAGCUGUGCGCAGGAGAUCGGGCCUGUCGGGGCUGUAACUGGAGCCCAGCAGUUUGGCGGCUUUCUGGUAUUUCGCUGCAGCUGCGCGGUACAAUUUGGCCGUACGGCGUGAUAGAGGCCUGAAUACGGGUUCAGAGAAAUGUUGGCUAGUGUGAAUGCAAAUGCAAGACGCCGUCGAGUUCUCCAGGCUAGCAAGCAGCAAGGGGUUAUCAAGGAAGAUGAGGCGGCGGUGCAUAUCAGGAUGAUGGUGGCCUACUAGGAGAUUACUGAUACUGCAUGCGUGCCGGUUUCGACUAUGACUGUAGAUGUGACUAGAUGUGGCGGCAAGACAGCGACAAGUUACGAGCUGCGGGUCCGUCACAAUGCCUGACGUCGCCGUGACUGCGAACUAUAACCCGCCUCAGCCGGGUCAGGCGUUGACCAUCGAUCGGGCGCGUGUACUCAAGACUCGCCGUCUCGCCGUGACCCAACCAUACAUACACACUUUACAUUUUGUUAUUUAUUGGCAUCAUCAUGGCCCCGGCGCUAUCCGUUCCGUUCACUCUCGCGACUGCAGGCACCCUCGGCGUCGUGUACGCCGGUGUGCAGCUGCGCGUGGGUCUGCACCGCCUUGGUUCCAAGAUUAACUUUGGCACCAAGACGGCCGCGGGCACUGAGGAUGAGGAGCUGGUAGCCAAGUCCCGCGCCGGCGGCACCUUGGGGGAGUUCGUGCCCAUCGGCGUGCUGCUCAUGCUGCUGCUGGAGGCCGGCACCCCCCUGCCCGCCAACCUGGUGGCCGCAUACGGCGCGGUGUUUGGCGUGUCGCGCCUGACGCACGCCUACGCCAUUGCCAACUCCAACAACAAGAACUGGGACCACGGCCCCACCCGCAAGUAUAGCUUCAUCGCCACCAUCCUGUCGCUGGUGACGGCGGGCGGCUACGUGGCCUUCCAGGGAGCCAAGGCGCUGCGCAAGUAGGCAGGCAGCGGCGGGCGGUGGCGGCGAGGAGGCCUGGCUAGCACCGGGCGGGCUGCGCUGCGGUAACUGCGUGGAGAGGGCUGCAGAGGCUUUGGCGUUGUGUACGAGUCAAGGCGCUCGUGGGCGCCUGCACAGGCUGCCUCAGUAGAGGAUGACAAGACGUGUGGCGUGAUGUGUUUGAUUGUGUUCGUGGCGAAGGAGCCGCGAGAUGGAGAGUGACAAGUGUUACAUGCAGUGACUUUGGAAACUGUGUGCAUGUGGUGGUGCAUCUAUGCCGACAUGGAAACGCAGGAUUGCAUGACGGAAUUGUUUGUGACUACGCCAACAUUACAUCAGCAAGGCCUGUACAAUCCGCGCGUAGGCAAUCAGCAUGGUGAUGGCGAGCCGGGAUUGCCGGAUUGGCAGGUGAUCUGGCCGGGGAGCUGCGAUGUCGCAUGUACCGUCCCACCUCAGCAACAUAAUCUUGCAC